UAAGCCGCGUGGGCGGCCGCGAGGAGCCCAGGAAACCUGGAGCGGAGAGGAACCUGAAGCUACCAUGGGAGAUGAAGAUUGGGAAGCAGAAAUCCUCAAACCUCACGUGUCUUCCUAUGUUCCUGUAUUUGAAAAGGACAAAUAUUCUUCUGGUGCAAAUGGAGACACUUUUAACAGGACUUCAGCUUCAUCAGAAAUGGAAGAUGGACCUUCUGGAAGAGAUCAUUUCAUGAGAUUUCCCUCUGGAAGAAAUUUGGGAAACAGAGAUAUUGGCGAGUCUAGUAAAAGAGAGAACACACCUACUGCUGGAGGAUAUGGGAGAGGAAAGGGUUUUGGAAACAGAGGUUUUUUAAAUAACAAGUUUGAAGAAGGCGAUAGCUCUGGUUUCUGGAAAGAGUCCAGUAAUGAAUGUGAAGACAAUCAAACUCGGAACAGGGGGUUUUCCAAGAGAGGUGGCUAUCAAGAUGGAAAUGAUUCAGAAGCUUCAGGACCCUUCAGAAGAGGUGGAAGAGGUAGUUUCCGAGGUUGCCGAGGAGGAUUUGGUCUAGGAAGACCAAAUAGUGAAUAUGACCAAGAUCAGGGGACACAGCGUGGUGGUGGCCUUUUUAGUUCUAGAAAACCAGCAGCAAGUGAUUCAGGUAAUGGUGACACUUAUCAAAGUAGAAGUGGAAGUGGACGAGGUGGUUACAAAGGUUUGAAUGAAGAAGUAGUAACAGGCUCUGGAAAGAAUUCUUGGAAGUCAGAAGCUGAAGGAGGAGAGAGCAGUGACAUUCAGGGUCCAAAAGUGACAUAUAUACCCCCUCCUCCACCAGAGGAUGAAGACUCCAUUUUCGCACAUUAUCAGACAGGAAUAAACUUUGAUAAGUAUGAUACCAUACUUGUAGAAGUAUCUGGACAUGAUGCACCACCAGCAAUUUUGACUUUUGAAGAAGCUAAUCUUUGUCAAACACUGACUAACAACAUUGCUAAAGCUGGCUAUACCAAGCUCACUCCUGUGCAGAAAUACAGCAUCCCUAUUGUGUUAGCAGGAAGAGAUCUGAUGGCUUGUGCUCAAACAGGGUCUGGGAAGACUGCAGCUUUUCUUUUGCCUAUUUUGGCUCAUAUGAUGCGGGAUGGAAUAACUGCUAGUCGCUUUAAAGAACUGCAGGAACCAGAGUGUAUUAUUGUAGCCCCAACUCGAGAACUGAUUAACCAAAUUUAUUUGGAAGCCAGAAAAUUUUCUUUUGGAACUUGUGUAAGAGCUGUUGUCAUAUAUGGGGGAACCCAGUUUGGGCAUUCAAUUCGACAGAUAGUACAAGGCUGUAACAUACUAUGUGCUACACCAGGGAGGCUGAUGGAUAUCAUAGGUAAAGAAAAGAUUGGUCUCAAACAAGUCAAGUACUUAGUAUUGGAUGAAGCUGACCGAAUGUUGGAUAUGGGUUUUGGACCAGAAAUGAAGAAGUUAAUUUCUUGUCCUGGAAUGCCAUCAAAAGAACAGCGCCAAACCCUUUUAUUCAGUGCAACUUUUCCAGAAGAAAUCCAAAGGUUGGCUGGGGAGUUUUUAAAGUCAAAUUAUUUGUUUGUUGCUGUUGGACAAGUGGGAGGAGCUUGCAGAGAUGUUCAGCAGACCAUUCUUCAAAUUGGCCAGUAUUCAAAAAGAGAAAAACUUGUUGAGAUCCUACGAAACAUAGGUGAUGAAAGAACUAUGGUUUUUGUUGACACCAAGAAAAAAGCAGAUUUCAUUGCAACUUUUCUUUGUCAAGAAAAAAUAUCAACUACAAGUAUUCAUGGUGAUCGGGAACAGAGGGAGAGAGAGCAAGCUCUUGGAGAUUUUCGAUGUGGAAAGUGCCCAGUUCUUGUUGCUACUUCAGUAGCUGCCAGAGGGCUUGAUAUUGAAAAUGUUCAACAUGUUAUCAAUUUUGAUCUUCCUUCUACCAUUGAUGAAUAUGUUCAUCGAAUUGGACGUACUGGGCGUUGUGGGAAUACUGGCAGAGCAAUUUCUUUUUUCGAUACAGAAUCUGAUAAUCAUUUAGCACAGCCUCUCGUUAAAGUACUAUCAGAUGCUCAACAGGAUGUCCCUGCGUGGCUAGAAGAAAUCGCCUUUAGUACAUACGUACCUCCUGGCUUCAGUAAUAGCACAAGAGGAACUGUGUUUGCAUCUGUUGACACGAGGAAGAAUUACCAGGGCAAGAACACUUUGAAUACAGCGGGGAUUUCUUCUUCACAAGCUCCCAAUCCAGUGGAUGACGAGUCAUGGGAUUAAAGCAAACAAACAAACUUCAAGUCUGAUAGUUCUGAUGCAGCGAAGAAAGCAGUUUUUAUUUUAAAAAUUUAACAGAAGUGUGAAACCUGAUAUUCUUGUAUCUCCUGUUCUUCUGUUCUUACUCCCAACCCUUAAAAUAACCAACUUCAUUGACUAGUUAUGUGAGAUGCUGAAAGUUACAACAUUGCAGUUACUGAUAUAAAUGGUAUUAACUAGAAAUAUUAAAGCAUUGUAAAUGUUUUUGUUAUUUCUAGCAUAUUCAGAAAGUUAAGACAUGUUUCAUGUCCAAGUGCUAAAUCUUAGUAUAGUAUUUAUGAUCCUAUAAAACAAGCAAUAGGAUAUGAUGUACUUUUGGUUAAUUAUUGGGUCUAAUUUCUACUUGAUCCUUUAAAAGAAAGAAUAGUGUGGUACAUGUGAUAACAUGAUUUUCAUGGAACAGUGGAGACCGAAGCCUUUCAAAGUUAUUUGAUUUCUAGAUCAUCAGACAUGUCAUGAAAAUGGUUCAAUUUGCAAUGUGAACUCUGUACU